UGUGAAUUGUUAAAUAAAGUGAAUAUCUCUCAGAUUUAUUUUAGUUCUUUUUUCAUCUUUAUUAAUAUUACAUUAAUGCAAUGAUACGGAUUUCACUUGAAAUAAUUAAAUACCAUAAAUGUACCUACCGGAUAUCGAUAAAAUGACUAAACGCUUUAGCGCGACACAGAUCCAAAAAAGUGUGAUCAUGCACUUGUGUGGAAUAUUGUUUAAUUUUUUAAAACGUUAUUAGUAUAUGAAUGAUAAAUAAAAUAGAUUUAAUACGGAAAGUCACAGACAAAAGCAAAAUGAAAAGAUGCAUUCAAUAUUUAAGUUGCGGUAGAUAUAUCUGAUUUGCGGUAUAGGCGUAGACCGAAAUAAAUUUGUACUACCGGUUAUCUCGGUAUUUGUCUAUUAUUCGCGAGUUCCGUGUAACUUGAACCGCAAUGACUGCGUUAAGUGGAUUUAUGGAAUUCUUUCAAAAAGGAAAGACAUUUAGACCAAAGAAGAGAUUUGCUCAUGGGACCCUGCGAUAUUCUUUGCACAAACAAGCACAAGCUUCUCUCAAUUCUGGAAUUAAUUUGAGGUCCGUUGUAAAGUUACCACCUGGAGAAGAUCUUAAUGAUUGGAUUGCUGUUCAUGUGGUAGAUUUUUUUAAUAGAAUAAAUUUGAUAUAUGGUACUAUUUCUGAAUAUUGUGAUUCUGCAUCUUGUCCUACUAUGAGUGGUGGAGCUCGAUUUGAAUAUUUAUGGGCAGAUGGUGAAAAAUAUAAAAGACCUACUGCAUUACCAGCACCGCAAUAUGUUGCUCUCCUUAUGGAUUGGAUAGAAGCACAAAUUAAUAAUGAAUGUAUUUUUCCAGUUUCAACAGACGUACCAUUUCCAAAAACUUUUGUACCCUUGUGCAGAAAAAUCUUAACACGUUUAUUUAGAGUGUUUGUUCAUGUCUAUAUACAUCAUUUUGAUCGAAUUGUGGCUAUAGGUGCAGAGGCACAUGUAAAUACAUGUUACAAACACUUCUACUAUUUUGUAACAGAAUUUGAGUUAAUAAAUACAAAAGAAUUAGAACCAUUGGCUGAAAUGACUGCCAAAGUUUGUAAGGAUACAUCACCAACGCAGACACCAUCGCAUAAUCCUAGAUAGUUAUGAAACUUAAGAAAACAUAAUUAUGGUAACCAAAUUAAAGAGAGGUAAAAUUUUUUUUAAUAUAUAAGUACAAAGAUAGAAACCAUCUUUCCUUAUUAUCUUUUUGGAAGGAGAUGGAAAAAUUGGUUACUAUUAAAUUAUAACAAAGUACUAGUAUCCUACAAUUUUGAUAAUUAUUCUCAUGAAUAUUUACAAUAUGAGGAAAAAAUCUCAUUAAAAGCUUUAUUAUGCUUAACUUUAUAAUCGAAUACUAAUAAUAUAGUUUAAUUUCCAAACUAAAAAUAAUUUCCCACUUUUUGGGAUUAUAAUUUUUUAGUACAUGUAUAUGUCUUUCUAAUUAUAUAGAAAGAAAUUAAUGCACUUACUGCUCAUUCGCGAAAUGCUAUUUAAAGUUCAAGCUUGAAGAAUAACACAAUAUUCUGAAAGACUCGUAUCCACAAUUUUGCGAAAGCAUAGUCAUUGCAAUACACUAGCUAACUUCAUAGUAAUUACUUCUUUAUCUGUAGGUAAUGUAAUUAUAAUUUUGUAAAUCAAAUUUUAUGAAACAAUUUAACAUUAUUUAUAUUAUUAUAUAAUUAUAUGAUUGUACAUAUAAUUUUGCACCUCCUAAAUAUUGUGUAGUAUUUCAAUAAUUGUAUUAAAAACUACAGUAAUUUCGUACUAAAUGAAAGAUAUUGAAACAAAACAAGAAUUAGGACAGUAUGUGCGAAAGAGUACAAACUUCUAAAGAAAUAAAACAAUAAAUCUGUUUACAUUACAAAAA